AUAUACUUACCAUUACAGGGAAAACAAAAUCUCUCUCCCUUACUGUCAUAGAAUCAAUGUUUGUGUUUCUCUAACGUAGCUAGUUGCUUGGUCUCUUUAAUGGCGGACGAUGAAGAUAUUUGUCUUGGUUCGCUCGUCGUGCGUAUUGGCAAUCUUAUCAUUGCCUUGCCGACAUUCACCAACUUUCUGAGUCCUCUCUCUAAUCUCUUAUAUGCAUAAUGUAUAAGAGGCAAGAGACCAAGCUUCUGGCUUUUAUGGCUAGGCCCCAGUCACCCGUCAGCAUUAAUUGUGCCCCAGUGAGUUUGGAUUCUGAAUUAGUUACUGUGUGCGGGCUAUGUUCAAUUGAUACUUCCCAUUACAGGGGAAACAAAAGAUCUCUUCCUUACUAUUAAUGUUUGUGUUUCUAUAACGUAGCUUGCUAUAUCUAUAUGCAUGUAUGAUAUUAAUUGCUUGGUGUCUUUAAUGGGCGGACGAUGAAGAUGUUUGUAUUGGUUCGCUCGUCGUGCGUAUUGGCAAUCUUAUUAUUGCCUUGCCGACAUUCACCAACUUUCUGAGUCCGCGAUCUCUAAUCUCUUAUAUGUACGUAUAAUGUAUAAUUGUAUAUGGAUGUGUGUCUGUACUCUGUAUUGUGUGUGAACAAGUUCUUCAUCUUCUCUCUUUCUUCUUCUCAAUCUCUUCUGAAUUUCUUCUUGUCUUCGAACUAUCAUAAAUUCAUCACACCAAUCAUCCACAUUGAAAUCCAACAGGAUAGAUAGGAACGGGCAAGCAAUAAUGUUUGACUUCAAACAAAGCCUAUAUGAUUUCCCCUGAUCAGAGAGGCCUCUUCAUGAAGGUAACAAACCCAGGUCAGGGUAACAGAAUGAAUUUGCAACAAGCAAAAGCCUCUACGGAGUUGAUUAUGGAGGUUAUGGUCUUUCAAAACGCUAAUCCGGCUAAUGUACGGUUAUGGUCUUUCCUGUACAUGCCGGAAUGGGAUGGUUUGGGGUUUGACUCGAUUCUGGUCUGGAGAGUGGAGGCUGAUCUCAGUCUCUUUUAAUUUGUUUUUGGAAUUUUGGGCUGGGCCUCGUUCUUCCCCUCCCUUUAUAUGAGGUUUAGUCCAUCAUUGCAGCUGGAGUUAAGGUUAGGGCUUUCUGUAACAGCGAGUGUUACUGUUAAUAAAUUAGAAUGCCCGAGUGGGUAAGAGACUAGAGAGCUUCUCUGCCGUUUCAAUUUGACUAAAAGGAAUGGCGAAGUCAAUCACUCUGAUUCAAACAAUUGCGUUUGCAGGCGUCUUCUCUGCCGUAUCGUUCUGGUACGGCUUCGUGAUCGGUAGAGAGUCCUCUCGGAAAGAGCUCGGAGAUCUGGUUGAAGAUCUUCGCCGUCGGAACUCCGCCUCCUCGCCACCUUCUUGAUUCUGUGGUAAUUUAUUCUUUCUUUCUUUUUCUUCACUAUCUUCUUUUUCGUUUUUGUGUAUAGAAAAGUAUAUUAUGUUGAGGCAUACUGUAUUGUGGUGGAAAACUAGACGGUUCCAUAUUGAUUCCGUGCUUUGUGGGGAUUGCCAUCCACAUGUAAGCGCAUUUGCUAAAUACGGUGAGCACCGAACUGAGGCAAAUUGGUGUCUAUCAUUUAGUACAUGUGAGGGAUCUUUCCUGGAAUUUUUUUAGUUGAACUUGCUUCUUUGCUACCAGAAAACUUUGCUUUAGUUAGGGCCAGAAUGUGCAACACCUCUGAUGUGGUUUUGUUAUUUGUAAAGAAUUUCUGUGAUUGGGACUUACGAAGAAAGGAUACCAGUUAUAUUGAUUUUGUUUCCUUAAAGUAACGUCUUUUCAGCUCCA